AUGAUGUCCCCUCCCUGUAUUCACUUUCUGUUUCUCCUCCACACGGAAGUGCUGUGUGUGCUUACAAUGAGUGAGGAGGAGGACGGAGCCCCCGGCUUGUGAUCAGCAGAUAUGUCUGGAGGUGACACAUGGAGGGCCACCCUGCGCUCCUACUACUGCAUCAAAUUCUCCCUGUCCUUCUACGCCACCCUGUUCUCGCUGAUAGGCCUCCUGAUCUUGUGCAUUGGCAUCUAUGCAGAGAGCGAGAGAAGGAAACAUCAGACUUUGGAAGGGAUCUUCCUGGCACCGGCUAUCAUCCUCCUCCUUCUGGGCAUCCUGAUGUUUGUGGUGUCAUUUAUCGGAAUGGUUGGAUCCUUAAGGGACAACUUGUUGCUUCUUAAAGCUUUCUUCUGGGUGCUCCUUGUCAUCUUGAUCAUUGAGCUCCUGCUGAUUGCCAUUGAAGUGGUUUUUGAAACUCAGAUGCAGAAAUUUGCACAUGCCAACAUCCUUGUGGGGAUGAAGCAUUACUAUGAUGACUUGGAUUUCAAGAACAUAAUGGAUUUUGUGCAAGAAAAGUUUUCCUGCUGUGGAGGAGAUGAGUUUAGAGACUGGGAGGUGAAUCCAUAUCACUCAUGUAACGGCACCGGACCUCUGUCGUGUGGAGUUCCAUACACAUGCUGCAUAACUGGAAAGAGACCCGGACCCGCACGGCUGUGCAGUUCGGGUGUGCGUAUGACAGCGUACGGCCCGGUCCUCCCAGGUGGUGCUACAUGCACCACCUGUCCCUCCCGGGAACGGCCCGAUAUGGGCGUGCAGGAGUUAAUGCAGUGUGAAUGA